AUGUGCAGAGGAGGGAGGGUGGAGGAUGAAGUUGGAGCUGUAAGGCAGGAGGAAAAGAGGAAGAGCUCAGAGGAGGGUCGUGCACAUGGUCAAGGAGGACAUGCACACUGUGUCCCAAAACCUAGACCGCAUCCUUGGGAGGACCUGGCCUUGGCGGUCUCGUGGGCGGGUCCUUUGAAGGCCGAGAAGACCCGGAAGUGCAAGGCUGGACUGCUGACCUCUGACCUCCACCAUGAGCUCCCGGGUGUGCAGGACCUGCGGGGGGUCCGACAUCGACGUGGACCAGGCCUGUGGCAGCACCGUGUGCACCGGCUGCGGUUCGGUUCUGGAGGACAACAUCAUCGUGUCCGAGGUCCAGUUUGUGGAGGGAAGCGGGGCGUGUCGUCCGCCGUGGGACAGUUUGUGUCUGCUGAUGCAACUACAGUGAUAGGGUCAAAGAUCAAAGUCCUCCUUGGUUCUGUUUCACACAAGAGCAGCGGUAAAGAGUUGCGAGCCCAGAUGCUUCAGAACGGUAAGCGUCAGAUCCAGCAAAUGGGCAGUCAGCUGCAGCUCAACCAGCACCACCUCGACACCGCCUUCAACUUCUUCAAGCUGGUCGUUAGCAAACACCUGACCUGGGGCCACAAGACAGAGCACGUCAUCGCCGCCUGCCUCUACCUUGUGUGUUGCACUGAGGGCACCCCACACAUGCUGCUGGACCUCAGCGAUCUGCUGCAGGUGGAUGUCUACAUCCUGAGAAAGACCUUCCUGCUGCUGGCUUGUGAGCUCUGCAUCAAUGCUCCUGCCAUUGACCCCUGCCUGUAUAUUCCUCGCUUUGCUCACAUGUUGGAGUUCGGGGCGAAGACUCAUGAGGUUUCCAUGACAGCUCUUCGUCUCGUACAGAGGAUGAAGAGGGACUGGAUGCACACGGGACGCCGACCCUCCGGACUCUGUGGAGCAGCACUCCUGAUAGCAGCUCGGAUGCAUAUGUUUCAGCGUUCGGUGAAGGACGUGAUCGGCGUGGUGAAGAUCAUCUACCAGGCCAUACUGAGGAAGAGGUUAACUGAGUUUGAGGACAUGCCCACCAGUCAGCUGACCAUCGAUGAGUUCAUGAAAGUAGAUCUGGAGCAGGAGUGUGACCCCCCAUCCUUCACCGCUGCACAGCAAGAAGCCAAAAUGCAGCAGUUAGAGCAGGAGCUGGCUAAGAAACUGGAUGAGGUUGAAGGAGAGAUCAGCUGCUACAAGGACGAGAUCGAAACCGAGCUGGAGAAGAGUCGGCCCAAACUCAGAGGAAUCUACACCACUUACACCAAAGAAACCCGAGGACAACGGCGACGUUUGUCCCUGCCAUCCAAGCCUGAGGAGGUCGAGAAGGCGGGCGUGGAAUUCAAGAGGAGGAGGGGGACGGGCGUGACCCGGAGAUCAGGAGGCGGUGCCAGAGAAGAGUCGAUGGGACCCCACCGUCAGGCUGCCUAUCUGACCUCCAUUCCAGGAAAACUGCCGAGCGCCGCUAGCCUGAGCCUCCAGCAGACUUUCCAGACCUCGGACACAUCAGAGAGUGGCGGGAGAGUGCUCGGUGACUACCCGCAGAGCGAGGAGCUGGACCUGAAAGAUAUCGACGAUCAAAAAAUCGAUAAGUACAUCCUAAAUGAGAAGGAGGUUCAGGUGAAGAUGGAGCUGUGGAUCAAGCAGAACCCUGAAUACCUGAAGGAGCAGGAAGAGAAACAGGAGCAGAUAAACAAAGAGAAGGAGGAGGGCACCUACAAGGAGAAGAAGAAGAAGUCUAGAAGCGGGACCAGAUCGAGACAUUGACAGCAGGUGAGGCGAUCAAGAGAAUGUUGGAGAAGAAGAAGAUCUCCAGUAAGAUCAACUAUGGCGUCCUCAGAGACCUGAACCGAGGGACAGG